UGUAUCAGUUGAGUUCAGCUCAUGAAAAUGAUUGCAGUUGUGAUGAUCAUUACUUUUUAUAUGUACUAAAUGUGUCACAUAACAUGUCUGUCUGACAAAUCUAGUCUCAAUAAUAUAAGACCUCUUUACUUUCUAAUUUAAUUAACCCAAUAUCUCUCUUAGAUGAAGUUACACGGGCAUAGAUUUGCAUGCAAGUCUACAUUUGGUUCUUUUUGUCGUUAGUUAUUUUUUGUUUCAAUAAUGUACUUGAAUACACACUAGUGCUGUCAAGUUUAAACAGUACAAUAUGGUAUUUGGAAGAGAGAUUCUAGAUUUAUUUUGAAUCUGUUAUUCAGUUAGGGAAGAGGUGUGUAUCUUGCUAUAGAAGAGCUAGUGGUACUUCUUGGGUACCUUUGACCUUCUCAUGUCUUACUCUGAACGCCCAUCAUCCUAUUCUCUUUUUCUAGGCUCUUCAAAUCAAAGGUAGUCGUUUGCUGGGUUGCUGAGCAUAAUUUUUGUUCAUUCAAGUGAAUUUGAGUAAAUGUCUUGUUUGUUUUCAUGCUUCUAUUGAACUCCACGAGUACUACCCGUUUGUUGUCGUCUUUAAUGCACCAAGCUGACCAAAUUUGUGGAAGUGAAAGAAGAUACUCUUAGCUAUUGUUGAAAUUUUUUUUUUUUCUGAUUCUGCCUGAUAAGAUACUGAUAUAGUUUUCUUGUGGCAGUAAACCUUAAGAUAUUUAUUCUACUUUAUAGUGUAAGCAUUUCAAAUGUUAGUUUUUUGAAUGAGGGCCUGAGUUAAGCGCUAGUUUUACUCUUGAUGACCUUAGCAUCAACUAGAUUUAGAUUGUUUUUCUUAUUGUGCAGGUUCAGUUCUCACUUCUGAUCUGAUGGUGUUUACUGUUGGUCACAUUGUUGAUUUUGAACUGAAGGAUGAAUAGAUGUCAAGUCCAUGUUUGUAGGCGCAUUGUGGUUAUUGGUUAAACCCUGUGUUCUCUUCAAAAUAGAGUAGCUCAGUCUGCUGUUUUGCAGUUAUAUAAGUUGUCUCUUUCGGGGAGAGCAAAGUAUAUGCCAGGGUAGGUCCUGCAGAGAAUGGUGCUUUCUUUUAGCAUGCUGAAAGUAUGCCUCUUGAUGGAGUGCAUUUUGCGUCUCAACGGAACCCUGCACCAAUGUCAAAUGCAUUUAUUUCCUCAAGCCACAGUGUUGAAGUGUCAUAUUAUCAGCCAGAUGCUGCAGGCCCAUCUCAUGAUCCUUUUCUGCAUUCAUCAACAGUGGGAACCUUUUGUGCAGUUCCAGAAAAUCAUGCACAUGCUUCGUCUUCCAAUUAUGACAGACAGACGAUUAAUGGCGUUGAGGGUGACCUUUUUGAUCUUACAAUGGGCAAUGGAAGGGGGCCCCAGAAGCGAAAAAGCCCUGGAGUCCCCUCUUCAUGUGAAGGGGGCAGUACAAGCAGGUAUUAUGGUGCUGGAAGUUCAUCGGAUCCCUCUGUGCCUUCCGAGUUGCGGCUGGAGAAACCAAAUUUAGAUCCUCAAUAUAUGGUCUGGGAAUGCAUUACUAUGACCCCUGGCCAUCGAGGCAAUCUCUCAAUUGGGCCUCAGAGUUCUAUCAGGAAUGUUAGAAGCAGGCCUGCACUUGAUCUAGAAAUCAACCUGUCUAGGACCCAUUUAUCUAACAAUUUUUCCCAUAAUUCCUAUCAUGCAGGUCACCCUUUUGACCAUUCCAGCUCAGUGGAUUUCUCAAGUCAAAGUUCUAGCGCUAUGACACAUAACUGGAGCCAUACCAGAACAUCUACUGCUUCUGGAAGGAUGCUAGUUUCGGAUGCUAAUGGUUAUGCUCAUGAGACAAACCACUUCCUUGUUGGAAGCAGCAUACCUAAUGCUUCUGCAGAUGUUAGGGGAUAUCACCAUGAUUUCAUUUCAAGUAGAAACCCUGUUGUUCCUCAAAGUUUCCAUAGUGCCUCUGCACAUUCUGCCAGAGGCAUUCGCAGUAGCUAUUCUCAGAGACCUAGCCCAACUUUCAGGGCUUCCUCCAGCAGUUUGCGGUUGGGGCAUAUGGCACCUUCUGAUGAUGGGAUGCCAUUGGUUGCCGAAAAUUUCUCAUCCAGACAACCAAGGCUAUUAUCAACUGCAGCUUGGCCUAAUAGUGAUAGGAAUGGGAGAUCAAGGAAUUCUUAUGAGAGAUACAGAUCGCUGCCCAAUGAGCCAAGUCUUCAUGAUCGAUUUUCAUCUGAGGGUUUUAUGGUUGUGGAUCGCUCAGCCUUUUAUGGAUCCAGAAAUUUGUUUGAUCAGCAUAGGGAUAUGAGGCUAGAUAUAGACAACAAGAGCUAUGAGGAACUACUUGCACUGGGUGAAAGGAUUGGGAGUGUCAGCACAGGUUUUGAUGAAGAUCUGAUAUCCAAGUGUUUGACAGAAACAGUAUAUCGUUCUUCAGGCCAAAGCGAGGAUGAAGGAACUUGUGUGAUUUGCCUGGAGGAGUACAAAGAUAUGGAUGAUGUUGGUUCGUUGAAAUUUUGUGGCCACAAUUACCAUGUGAGCUGCAUCAAGAAAUGGCUAUCAAUGAAGAACUUGUGUCCAAUCUGCAAAGCUUCCGCUGUGGCUGAUAACAUGAAGGAAUAAAUUUCAAGUACCUUGUCAACCAUUUACAUUUUUUUUUUAAUUAUCCAAAACUAUUUAUCAUUGUUGUAUAUAGUACUUGCUCAAAAGAAGAAACAGAUGAACUGAUUUUUCUAGGGAAUAUGUAAAUGAAUGCUAGUCAAUGUUAAAUCAAUUUGUUGGAGGUUCCCAUCUCAAAUUUGUGGAGCCUGAAUGCUGUUCCAA